GACAGGGGUGGGCAUGUUCUCAAUAAACAACUAGUGCCGCAUCCUCUUGCACCUCAGACUUUCUUGGACUCUAACCUGUUUGCCUGACCCCUCGGUCCCUGAUCAUCAUGCCGACACAGCUGGAGGGCGCAAUGGAUGCACUGAUCACUGUUUUUCACAACUACUCUGGCAACGAAGGCGAUAAAUACAAACUCAACAAGGGCGAGCUCAAGCAGCUUCUAAACAGUGAGCUGACCGACUUCCUGACGUCUCAAAAAGAUCCUAUGCUUGUGGAGAAAAUCAUGAAUGACCUGGACUCCAACCAAGACAAUGAGGUGGAUUUCAACGAGUUCGUGGUGCUGGUGGCCGCUCUUACUGUGGCUUGCAAUGAUUUUUUCCAGGAACAGCAGAAAAAGAAAGGGAAUUGA